CUCCGUUCUUCUUCUCCGACGCCUUGUGCCCAUCCCCACUUUCGCGAGCCCCCGAUGCUGUACGAAUUGAUUGCUGUUGUCCGUCCGGGCAGUCUCAAUGAGGUCCGAGACAUUGCCCGGAAUGCCGGUGUCCAGGUCCUCCGGUCAGGCGGCGUGAUCCGCGGCUACAACAACUGGGGCACCUUCCGACUGCCCCGGCCUACCACGAAACAUCAGGCCCGAUACAGCGAGGGCCACCACUUCGUGAUGCGCUUCGACGCCGCGGGCCCCGUCCAGACCGCUGUCCGACGAACCCUCGGCCUCGAUCCCCGGAUGAUUCGAUUCUCGGUGGUGAAGCUGGGCGACAAGCUCGAGGAGAUCAAGGACAAAGAAGGCCAUAUCAGGUGGAACCACAACCGCAACAUCUCCGAGUCGAUCUAAAACAGCAAGGAUGAUGGGAGAGACUUGGAGGCGCUCCCCAGGGGUCCGGGUUUGGUCUUUUUGGUUGG